AUGAGCAACCCAGUCGAUGUGCACUCUAUUGGUGGAAUUGCCAAUUUGGUAGUUCAUUACCUCCGUCUUUUGAGGCAUGAUAUUGCUCCAUCUUUACUGUCUUUGUUCUACCUGCUUUGCAUAGGCUCGGUGUUUUUCGACGUCAUUCAUCAUAUGCUCCACCGUUGCAACAAAUCGUCUCACCCUCUUUUUCAACGUCUAGCACGUGCCCACCAUUUCCACCACCUCUACUUCACACGGCACAUGAAUUUCGACGAAAGGUAUCUUCGGCAGAAUCAACUCCAAGCCUUGCCGCUUGAACUAGCAGCCCAAAUCGUUGGAAGCGCACUAGGCUAUAUCUUUGCCAGUUUUGUGACGCCUAACGGCCUCGUGUGGUGCAUAAGGAAUCACCUUUGGUUUACGAUUGGCUUUCAAAUCCUAAGGACUUCUUUUGUCAUCCUCACAAGUGGCCGCGACUCAAACCAUCUCAUCUACAAGACCGCCCCGAAGGACCGCAACUGGAUACUUGUGGGCCCAGAGUUUCACGCACUCCAUCAUGUCUACCCGGAUCGUUAUAUCAGUUCGUUUAUUAAAGUCUUCGACUGGAUCUGGGGUACCGCCUACUCCUUCAGACGUAAGCGUUUUACGGUCACUGAGGGAAGUGGAGCAUUUAUCCAAGCAAUCAUCACAGACCUCGAGCGUAAAGAAGGAGUAGCGUGCAUUAGCAAGUUGAAAUUUGGGACUGAUUGGGAUCAUCAUCACUUUGAAAAAGUGAUCGCGGUCCUUUCAAACUCCGACGUUUUGAUCCUGGCCCACGGCUGCCAUGGCGAGGACGCAGUUGGAUCAAAUUGCGAUUCAGCUACCCAACUUAUCAAAUUAUUCAAGCAGUAUAGAGCGACCAACCCCGCCUGCCCGACACUUCCGGAAGUAUGGUACGUUGGAAGCGAGAUUGAGUUCCAUUCAUCCUGGACAAAUGUACGACUACAAGGUUGCUCUCAGUCGAAACGAAGAACGUUCCUGCCGCACGCUCGUUCCUUUUUUGAUGACCCUGAUAUAAUUUACCGCCAUAUCGUGCUGCCCUCAUUCCCCUCAUCUAUGGUAACUGCUGGAUUAUCUGCAGACUGGGCGGCUAGGUGUGCAAUGUGGUGGAUCCGACGAGGUGCUAGAUAUAUUCCUGUCACGUAUACGGGAAUUGCGUGUUUGGACUAUUUCAAGUUUAUGUAUGGCGUUCCUUAUGCGAACGAUGCGGAUCAAAUGUAA